AUGACGGAUUCUCAAAAUAUCACUAAUAUGGAGAGGAGAUCGUCCCAAAAUGCACAGACACUCAAAUUACCAGCGAUGAGGUCCCCAACGUAUUCUUUGAAAGGCAACUACUUGAAUUUCGGGGAUGCAGAUUUACCAAUUUCCGGAAGUGCCCCCAAUACGAGUGGGUCAGCUAGCGGGAAGAAGAACAACCUGGUGCUGUCCACAUCGUUUGUCUCAUCGAGAAGAUUUGAUAACGGAUCUCCCUCCCCAACAAGUCCACUCCAGACAAGGAGUAAGAGGGAUAGAAGUAUGUCACGGACGAAGCAAAGUUUGAAGACCGAUAUAAUACGGCUUCAACACGAGCUGAAUCAAGUGCUGAAACAGAAAGAGAAUGUGGAACGUGCCAGGGACGCCAACGUUGGGUCCAAUAUGUUCACGAACGAAUACUCGACAGAGCAUCUACAGAAACAUUCAAUGAGGAUAAAGAUUAAUACACAACUUCGAGAGAUGGACAAGACGAUCAAAAGACUAGAACAACAGAUCAAUGAUUUAAAGUUUCAGUGCGAAUCUUCAAAGAAAUCUGAUCUUGUUGAACCAAGUUUAAAUAAAAGAGCCCCAAAGAAGGAGUUCCCGAUUUUUCAGGGGAUAAUACAGGACUAUGAUUUGAACCAUUCUUCUAAAUCAGAUUCUAAUGAGUCAGUCACUCACGGCUCCAACACUCCGAAAAAGAAGAGGGAUAAUAGUACGCAUACGGCCGAUACAGCGAGAUCAAAAACCAGCCCCGUCAAAUCAGAAUUUGGCAUAAAGGACGAUUUAUGUGAAGACGAAGAGGAUGAAGAGGAGAACGACACAACAGUACUCUCAAGUGAUAGCGGUGAGAAUAUCAAUAAGAAGGAAAAUCGGGCCGUCGAUAUAGAAAGUGCAACGUGGUACAUUAGCGAUUACAUGGAAAGUCUGCAUGAAACGAACGUGCCAACAGAUUUUAUAGUAGAUAAAGCUAAUAAAUUAACUGCGCUGCUAACGGAAAGGCCAGAAUUACGAGCAGAUUUGGUCCUCACCUCUUUCAUGCAAACUAUCCAAUCGCUGUUAUUGAAGGAUGACAAAUUAAUUGUUGCAGCAGCGUUCAGGAUAUGUCGGUAUUUGAUAAACGGGGAAGAGUUUAUUCAAUAUUUGCACGAUUUGAGGAUAGACGCUUUUAUCAUAAUAUCACUAGCCAAGGACAAUUCAUUCCAAAUAGAAAGAGAGCAAGCUUUGAAAAUUACGAGAAAAAUGGCCGAAUAUAAGAGUGGAAUAACGAAAGGUAUGUUACAAGCCAUCAUAAGCUGCGUGGAAAGAACCGAUGAUGUGCUUAGAACAAUGGCUAUCGAAACUUUACUAGAAAUGUGCUUACUGCAACCAGAAAUGGUAAGCAACUGCCAUGGGCUAUACGUUUUAGAAGACUUGAUACAGGAAUAUUCGUCGUUUUCUCUCGUUUCGAUUAUAUUGGACACAAUACUGGGGUUACUGAACAAUCAUUCCACGAGACAGUUUUUCUUAAUGAACUUUGAUAUCACCGUUUUGGCGACCGUCUUUUCGGACACCAGUACGAGGAAAACGUCCAAUACCGAGAAAUUUCAAAACGCUAUUAUUCUAAUAUGCAGAGCCUUAAAGAAUCACAACGGGUUUAUGUUAUACUGUACAAACAAUUUCAAGCCGAUCAAGGAACUCCUAUCGCUGUUUCAAAUUCCAUUAUGCGCCCAUUAUCUGAUCGACAUUUUCUUAGACAUUCUAAGAAUAAGACCAUUGAUGUUUAAGAAUAGGAGGAGAAAUUCUGUUAUCAAAACAGGCAUAUCUGACUCUUUACGAGAUGCCUUGCCCAUCAAUCAAUAUCUUGCCCUGAUAAUUCAAGUUCUGGAUGAAUGCCAUUUUCAUGAUUAUAUAGGUGAGCUAUUAAACCACAAACAAAAUGAUGAAUUUACCAGCAGCGUCAUCAUGAAAGCACGUUAUCUUUUGAUAGAGUACUUUAACCUACGAAUGAAUCUUGUUGAUAGAGAGCAAAUACCAAAAUUCUCAUCUCUCUCUAUGAAGGACAUGUCUCUAAAUGAAGAGGUUUUUCAGUUCAGAAAAAUUUCGCAUAACAUGAACAAACACCGAAACACGAUAGGGAUGUCGCAAGUGAAUUACGUGGAAAAUAUGAAAAGAUUUACUCAGAAAGCUAGAAAAUCCACGUUAGUUUCUGAAGUCGAUGAUUUAAGAUUCAGACAGAUGGUAUAUGACAGUAGAGUAUUGCAAACAAAAGAUUUUACGAACUGGAAUUGGAAUAUUAUCCAAGAACUACUGGAAGGUCCAUUAAUGAACAAGCGCCAACUAGAAGAACUUGCAAAGUCUACGAAGUUUAUUAGGAGGCUGCUGGUAUUUUAUAGACCCCUGCGGUUGAGAUUUUCCAACGUUGAUAAAGGCGCGCGACUAGCCCAUAAGUACGUCCAGACCGGCUGUCAGUUUUUCAGAACACUAACUACGAACUCCGAAGGUAUGAAGAUAUUGCUAGAUGACACAAAGAUCAUCCCCCAACUAGCAUCUUUGUUGUUCAGGGCAAUGGAAGGCAACACGCAGGAAAAUAUUUUUAACGAGGAAACACUACAAUCAAAAGUUGUCUACGGCUAUUUCAAGUUCAUAGGUGUUUUGACACAGUCCGAAAACGGUGUAAAUAUACUGACUAGAUGGAAUUUCUUCACCGUCAUUUACAAAAUGUUUCAACCUGAAUUGAGCAUAGGAUCCGAAUUUCUGGUGUUGGUUCUACCAGAAUUGGAUCCCACAUAUUCUGCACACUGCAGAACGAUUAUCGGUAAAGCAUUGGUGAUCCCGCAAGAAUCAAUAAGAGUUAGAGCAACACAUCACAUUGGAAAACAGUUGAACGCUGUUAUGAAGGAUACUUUUAGGGAUGACCGAAAUGAUGAUCAUACAAGUUUAGAUAUGAAAAAGUUUACGGUAGAGAUGUUGACAAGACAGUUAUAUGAUGCCAGUCCCAAUGUGGUCGCGACAGCCGAUCAAGCGCUGUACGAAUGCAUUGUUGACACUGAUGUCCACGGAGAGAUGAACAUAUCAUUCAGAACAUUUCUGGAUCAAAUGGUUUUCAUCCAAUCUCCGGUUAUCUUUGAAUUACUGAGCAGUCCAUAUGGAUUCCAGCUUUUGAAUGAGAUAAAUUUUGUAGAACAAGAGAGGAAGCUAUGGCUAGAGUGCAAAAAUCGUGAAUAUGUGACUAAACUAGAGGACUUUUUGGCAGCGACUCAAAAUAAAUCUCUGAAAUUACUGGCAUUUACAGUCGAAAACAGACUACCAUUACAUUUCUACGAGAGUUUGGCUAAAACCGAAGAUGGUAUAACGUUAUUGAGCCAAAAUGGAGACUUGGUCAAAUUUAUUAAUGUGGUAAAGAGUUAUUCUCAUAGUAUUGGAGCGGAGGAUGAGUCAACCAUAGAUAUAAUGGAGGUCAAAUCAGCACUUUGGUGCUGUGGGUACAUUGGUUCCACUGAACUCGGUGUUGGAUUAAUAGAUAACUACUCUGUCGCCGAAGACUUUGUUAAGAUAGCAUACGACGCGGAUAAUAGCGGGAUGAAAUUUACUGCAUUUUGUGUGCUAGGAUUAAUCGGGAGGACGAUAGAAGGUUGCGAAAUUUUAGAUGAGUUGGGGUGGAGUUGCACCAUAAGUGUUCAGGGGAAACCAGUAGGGAUAGCGUUACCACGCCGGUUGGACAAGUUUCUGUCUUACAAGGAGAAGCCUUGGAUUUUGGAACACGAGUACGAGGAGGAAAUGAUCGAAUUUUAUACUGACACUCAAUCCAUCAUCAACACGUCUUCGGUUCCAUCCAUUGAUUAUAAUUUGGAUAAUUUCUUGGAAGAGAAAAACAGCAUUGACAACCCAUUGAAUGAAAAGGAUCCAAAUAAAUGUGACGCUAGUGCAGUGAGAAGACUGAGAACCAAAUCGCUCGAUGCUAUGGCUCCAAAUUCGAAGGAUUAUGGCACAGGAAUGACGACACGCUUUUCGAACGGCAAUAAAAAUUUUGCUGCAAGGAAGCAAAGAUCCCACACUAUAAAUACACAACUGUCGGACAGUAAUGUAUUGAAUGAGGAGAUGGCAAAUAUCGUCGAGAAAGUGGUGGAGACUGUUAGCCAAUUGGGGAAUCAUAUUUUAUCAAAUUCUGCCAUAAAACAAAUAACCGAUUUGAACAACAAAUAUGGAUCAGUACUAUUUGAAAGUGAAAUUGUCUUUGGUAAAGUAAUGGAGAUGAUGGACACUUACCGAUUUAAACCUCAUGUUAGGAAAUUUCUCUGCGGACUUGUUAUCAAUAAACGUUCAUUAGAAAAUGUCAUCAAAAAUGACACAAAGAGAAGAGGGUAG